AUGGCAGCGACUGUGUCCAUCACGAAGCAUACUACGGCCUCAAAACCGUAUCCACAUAUCCUCUAUGUUGUCGAGAUCAAUGUCAAGGGGAAGCAGACUGUCAUUGAGCGUCGGUUUUCUGAGUUCCUGAUUCUCCACGAAGCCCUGCGCGACGAGUUCAUACUCCCACCCAAGAGGUACCUCUCAACAACCCUCCUUCCGAGUGCCUGGGUCGACGACGACCUCAUUGCGGAACGCAAGCUCGGGCUUGCGCGAUACCUCUCCUCACUCCUCUGGUCGGCAGAGUACCGCAAGCACCCUCUGUUCCUCGCUUUUCUCAAACGAGGCUCGACUUCCGAUAUGCGUCGUGGUAUUAGCGUGGAGGAUGUCCUGCCUUCAACGCUGCUGAAAUACCGCAACGGCGACACGGCGAAACAAGUGGGGUUAGACAGUGUGUUCGUGUCGAAGCAGGUGAUGAGUGGGUGGAAGAAUAUCCUAGCCGCGUAUUAUCCUGAGUGGAGUACUGCAAGCAUGCCGCCUGAGAAGUUGGACUACAAGAGGUUCGACAUCCUGUUUUUCGGGUUUGUCACCCCGAACUCAACUUCCUCUCUUGACUGGGGCGCGAACACCCAGGCAACCUUGAAACGCUUGGUCAGAUCUGCUGUAGGUAGCGGUGCUGGUACGAAGAUCGUCCUCUCCGUUGGGGGUUGGGAGGGCAGCCAGUGGUUCAGCCACGCAUGCUCGACUGCAAUUACUCGCAUGGCCUUGGUUGACGCCAUCGUAACUGCAGUCAACGAAUAUGGCCUACAUGGCAUCGAUAUCGAUUGGGAGUUUCCUAACUUCAAAGGGGUUGGCAACCCGUAUUCUCCUCAGGACGCGAAGAACCUCUUGCUGCUCUUCCAAGCCCUCCGUGCUGCCCUUGGUCCCGCCAUGAUCAUCUCGGCCGCCGUUGGACACUCACCUUGGUUAGACGAGGACGGCCUUCCGAUGAGGGACAUGUCGGCGUUCGCAGAUGAGCUCUCCUUCAUCAACAUCAUGAACUACAGCGUCUAUGAGACUUCUGCGCCCGGUCCUAAUGCACCACUUGGAAAUAUCAUCCUGAAGCCGAACAAACCCCAAACAACUGCUGGAGGUGCUUUCACGCAGUGGAAGGUCGCGGGUUUUCCGCCCUCGCAGAUGCUUCUCGGCCUCCCGCUUUUCGGUUAUGUAUUCAAGAGCAACAAGACGGGUUUUACGCCAUCUGCUCUCCAAGCUUCCACAGACGGCGAAGAGGCACCAAACGUGAACUACAGUCGUUCGGUGUUCAGAGGUGCCCACAUAGAAGUCGGGCCGAAGACUCCAAGCAAGGACAGCGACGCCAGGGCGAAGGCGAAGAAGACAGUAGAGGGCGGUGCUUUCCCUGAAGUCUCUAUGGCGGACUGGUGGGGAACCCGGAUCGCGUUCAAGGAUAUCGUUCAGACGGGAGCGCUCAAGAAAAUGUUCGACGGAAAUUAUACACAGGGGGAUGGCUACACUCUUGGAUGGGACGAAGGUAGCUCUACGCCCUUUUUGUUCGAUGUCAACCAGCACACUUUGGUCACUUUCGACAACACCCGAUCGCUUGCAGCGAAAGUCCAAUUUGCAAAGCAAAAUGGGAUGGCUGGAUGUUUUACGUGGUCUCUCGACCAAGAUGAUGAAUACGCCCUCCAAGAUGUCGUUCGAUCGGUCCUUCUAGAGUGA